AGAGCUGAGAAGCGGAAAAUGGCGCUGAUGUAAGCGCAAGCUCGCAUUGCCCAGAAGGUGGCCGCUGCCUAAACUGGAGCCGCUGGAGCCGCAGGAACAAGAGGCCGAGCUGUAUCGAAGAUGGAGGAGAAACCUUCAGGGCCAAGCCCGGACAUGCCGGCUACUGCAGAGCCCAGCUCCAGUGAGACCGACAAGGAAGUGUUGUCCCCGGCUGGGCCAGCUGCAGCCACCUCCUCCAUGGCGGAGGAGCCAGGCCCUGAGCAGGCAACCACACCGCUAGUGUGGGAACGUGGAGGGCCUGGAGGGACUCAGCAGGGCUCAUCCCCAGCCCCAGACAGCUGCCAGCCUGGGCCGGGACCCAGCCCGGGCCUGACGAGCAUAGUCUCCGGGACCAGCGAGGACCUGCGGCCUCCCAGACGACGCCCACCUUCAGGGAAGCAUAUCCCCUGCUCCAGCCCUGGCUGCUGCCUCAGUUUCCCCAGCAUCCGUGACCUGGCACAGCAUCUGCGAACCCACUGCCCGCCCACACAGUCCCUGGAAGGCAAGCUCUUCCGCUGCUCGGCCCUGAGCUGCACCGAGACCUUCCCCAGCAUGCAGGAGCUGGUGACUCACAGCAAACUGCAUUACAAGCCCAAUCGCUACUUCAAGUGUGAAAACUGCCUCCUGCGCUUCCGCACGCACCGCUCGCUCUUCAAGCACCUGCAUGUUUGCGCAGAGCAUGCGCAGAGUCCAGCCCCGCCGCCACCCCCGGCCUUGGACCGGGAGCCACCCGCGCCCGAACGGCCCCCGGAGGCCGACCCCGCGUCAGCGCCGGGCCUGCCGUUCCCGCUGCUCGAGCCUUUCACGACCCCUGCCCCUGCCCCCUCCGGGCCCUUCCUGCCCUACUUGAACCCUGCGCCCUUUGGCCUAAGCCCCCCGCGCCUGCGGCCCUUCCUGGCCGCCGCGCCCGGGCCGCCGGCCUCUAGCGCCGCCGUCUGGAAAAAGAGCCAAGGUGCUGGCAGCAGCCCUCGAAGACCCCAGGGCGGCUCCGACGCGCCCUCAGGGCACGCGGCCCCGAGCCGCAUCGUGUGGGAGCACACGCGCGGCCGCUACUCGUGCAUGCAGUGCGCCUUCUCCACGGCCUCGCGGCCCGCCAUGACCCUGCACCUGGAGGACCACCGCCCCGGCACCCCCGCGGCCCCCGCGCCCGGGCCGCCACGCCCCGACGCCCCGGCGGAUCUAGGCCAUGCUACUUCCCAGUCUGUCACCAUCUGUCCAGAGAGACGCAGAGUCAACAAGCGCCUUGGUCCAGGGACCUCUCCUCCACCCCAUCACCCACGGAGAUGGGACGGCCCUUCCUGUGUGAACAAUGGGUCCACGGCCACCACGCUGCCCUCUGGGAUAAACUGACUCUGUCCCAAGGCCUGGGGAACUGGGUCACCACCUGACAUCUGCCAUUCACCCUGUCCACCCCAA